AUGGAUUCAGGAGGGAGCCAAGUUCCUGAUCUUGCAAGCGUCCUGAAAACCCUCUCCUCCUUCGUUCCAGCCCAAGCGCGCCAGGCCCCAGAUAACAGAAACGAGAACAAUGCGCGACCUAGGAACCUGAACGACGAUUAUGACCCUCUGCACUUCUCACCGUUGGACGUUGUUGAUGGAGCCGCCCUCCCAUACGCAGAACCACCCUCAGAACGUCAUCAAUACCCGUCUUCACACUCAUCCACCCCAGCUCCUUUCGAUAGCUUACCAGACCCAUCGUCGAUCACAGCAUGGCCUGCGGCGUUGAAAUUUGUAAUGAAAACUGUUGCUCAGAAUGAAGCCAUUCAGUCCAAGAUUCGGCGGCUUAUUCGGAGCCAGCAUGGUCACGAAAAGAAAUGGUGGGAAGCACGGGAGGCUCUUCUCGCCAAGCAGAAGACAAGGGCGCAAAAAAAGGAGAAGCUCGAUGAGGUUCUACGAUCGGUUGGCGGAGCAAUUAUGACGGGUCCUGAGAUGACGACCCCAGCAGAAGAUGCGGCCGAAGUUGAAACAUACGAUAGAAAGGUAUACAGUGCCAUGUCCAGUAUGUCUAGAGCGCUCGACGCAGAGCUGCGAGAAUUAGGGAUCCCUUUUUUCGCUAUCAGACAUGGCCUUGUCCACCCUCAGUCGACCAUACCGGACGAAAAGGGGCAUGCAAAGCUGCCUUCAGGAAAUUCGAAAGAUAAUCUGUCGAUGGAGGAACUCCGCUCGCUUCAGAAACGAAUGUUUGAUCUCCUGGAAGACUUGUGCAAGGAGUAG